AUGAUUAUACUUUUCUGGAAGCUCUCAACGAGUUCGGAUGACCUUCUAACCUCUCAAGACGAGAUAAUCUCCUAUUUCCCGCAUUCCUACAAAAUCGAUGCCCAAGAUACCGAUGAUGGAUUCGACUUGGGAGGAAUGUUCGAGAUCUACUUGGCGAUCUACCAUAACUGUAACCCUCAAGGAAACUGGAAAGUGGUCUGGCAUGACUGUGGAAGCUAUCCGAUUAAUGUUGGUAAGACCCAAACUGAAGACAUCCGAUGCUUUGGUGGGUGUCAUGGUAGCCAGGACCUCUGGUGCAAUGUACCGCCCAUCUCCUUCAUCGCCAGCGGUUAUUGGCUCGGAGCUCACGGAGCAACACCCGAAAUCUGCCAACUUCCAAAAACCACCUGUACUCAAGAGACAGUUCUCUGGUUUUAUAUCGUUAUGAAGCAAAUUCGCUCUAUGGAGAUGCUCGAGUCCUCGGAGCAAGUCUUUGAGCACCCACCACACCUCAAUCUCCUCAGUUGGUCCAUUUUUCGAAUAAUCUGA